AUGUAUUCGCCUAGUGGGUGCAUCGUGUCUUCAAUGUGGUCUGUCUCUCUGAGACCUCCUCUGCCGAUUGGAGCGAGCCUACGGUGCACCCUCGAACAACGCUGGGCAUACCAGCAACCAACAGUCCUCUGCUUCGUCGACUUUGCGGCUGCUUUCGACUCCGUUGAUAGCGUCUCACUCUGGCGUAUGAUGGAGGCCGAUGGCUUGCCCGCUAAACUCCUUCGUCUCUCCAAGGGCUACUACCGGUCGAUGCGAGCCCGUGUUCGUGCUUAUGGUGAGGAAUUUGAGACGUUUGAGGUGAAGAUUGAUGUGCGGCAAAGGUGUACCCUGUCCCCUACCCUAUUCAACUAUACAAUCGACUACAUCCUCGGCAAAUCCCUUCGGGACUACGCUGGAGUUGCGGUUGUUAUCGGCCUUUUCCUCCGACACUCACAAUGCAGUAACAUCGAUAUGAGUCUAUUCACGAUUGCUGUCUGUCCGCAGCCCAUGGCUAACUAG